ACAGUAUAAUUGUUUAAUAAAAUAAAUAUCUAGUAAAUAGUAAAUACCUAUUGCAAUAAACUGUAUCUGUGUUCUAUAUGAAUAUUUAUUUUUAUAAUAUAAAUAUUAAAUAAAGAACUUAAGUUUUUGCAUUAACAUCACCAGUAACAACUAACAGUAACAACUAACAAUCAAACUAUACAAUGAAAUAUAUUACUCGUAAUAUUUAUAAACUUCAUGUAAAUCACGAAAUACGAAAUGUUCGUUCUAAAUUCACUAAAGCAGCUGUUCUAAAAACUGUUAAAGAACCAUUGGUUCUUGAAGAUUUUAAAAUAGCGGAUAAACUCAAAGAAGGCCAACUCAGGAUUGCUGUAAAGUAUUGUGCUGUGAACAUGUCUGAUGCUUUAAUUUGCUCUGGGUUAUCUGAAAUCAAACCAUUAUUACCAUAUGUUCCCGGUUUUGAAAUUGUUGGCGAAGUAAUAGAAUCUAAAGCUACAAAUGCUGACGAUGAAGAAGAAGAUAUAUCAGUAGGUGAUCGAGUGUUGGUUUUAAACAAAGAAAUCAUGGGUGGAUUUGCUGAAGAAUGUAUUGUUGAUGAAAAAGAUAUUUUUGGAAUACCAUCAGAAUUGUCUUAUGAAACUGCUGUGUCGAUUGGAGACAGCUAUGCAACGGCGUUAAUAGGAUUAGCUCGUCGUGCAAACCUAAAAAAAGAUAAUACCAUUUUAGUAACAGCAGCUGCUGGUGGUUUAGGUUUAGCUGCAGUCGAUAUAGCUGCCAAUAUGUGUAAAGCUAAGGUUAUUGGAGCUUGUCGUUUGGAAAAAAAUACAUCUAUUGUAAGAGAUAAAGGAGCUUUUAUUUCAUUCGAAAUUAAAAGUCCUGAGUCCUUGUGCAAAAGAGUAUUAAAAGAAACUGAUGGCAAAGGAGUGGAUGUGGUGUUUGAUGCGGUUGGUGGAGAAAUUUUUCCAUCAGCAUUAGAUUGUGUUGGCCAUGAAGGUAAAGUAAUAGUCGCAGGUUUUGCAUCAUUACAACUACCACAGUUAAAUAUUAAUGAACUUCUACGUCGGCCUUCAUUUAGUUUAAUUGGUGUAUCAUUAAAUAAUUAUCGUACACAUUCUGUAAGGAUAUACAGGCAAUCUGUCAAAGAUGUAUUAACCAUGUGUAAAAUGGGUGUGAUUACUCCAAAUAUAUCAGAAACAUUAAAACUUGAUCAAGUAAAUGAAGCAUUAGAACAUUUUUCAACUGAUAAAAGCAGUGGUAAAAUUCUAUUAAAAAUUGCUGAUUAAUUGGUAAGAAUAUAGGAUUUAAAGUUAAGUAGAAUUUUGUGUUAAAAAUACUUGAAGAUUUGUUAUAAGGCAUAUUUUAAUUUGUAAUUAUUAUCUAUACAAAUACAUGCAUUUUUUUUUUCGGUUGUCAAAUACACUGAUUGGUAUGAUAUUGAUAAUUGAUACAACAUUUUAUAUGAAUUAACAUUUGGAGAGAGUGAAUGGAAGUUAUUAGAAUGUUGUAUUGACCCUUGUUCUAAUGUAUUAAUAUGACCUAUAACCUACUGAAGUAGGAAGUGAAAGUAAAGAUUAAUUUUUAA